UCCCUCUACGAUAGUCCGAACAUAUCAAAAAAAAAAAAGUUUUAGUUUAUAAGAUAGAUUAUUAAUAUUCAUUUUUAAAUUACUCAUUUAAAGCAUCAAAUAUUUUGCUAACGGCGUUAAAAUGAGUGGACGUCGAGAAAGAAAGUCGCGCCGUUCGGCCAAAGAUGAAGCACCUGUAACGAUUGAACUAACUCCAGAACCGCAAACCCUAGAUUUGCUAGCGGUUCCAAAACGGGGUGAUUCUCCACGUGAUUUUAGGAGUUUGCAUAGGGAGAAAUCUCCCUUUGAAAUUGGUGAAAAACCAGAGAAACAGGUUGCAUCACAAAAAGCAAUCAUAGACAAAGCACUGGUUAUGGACAUUUCUGGAGGUGUUACUAAUGUGGAUGAAUACAUUUCGCUCUUUUUCACGGAUUCCUGCAGUCUUGAUCCAGCUAGUUGUGGUGACAUUUCCACAGUAAAAAUCGAAAUUAUAGAAGAGCAACCAAUUGAACCAGAGGCACCAAAACCCGCUGCUGAGCAUGAGAAAACUUUAAGUGAAGCAGAAGCUGAGUUACAAGCGCAACAGGAACAAGGUAAGUCCCAAGAAGAAUCCGCUCCGGCACCUGUCGAGGAAAUUCCCCAGCCUGCUCCAGAACCUGUGGAAGAAGAGGUAGAAGAAGAGGAAGAAGAAGAGGAGGAAGAAGUUCCUCCACCUCGUGAGCCGACACCACCUCCUCCACCUCGUGAGCCGACACCACCGCCACCACCUCCACCAAAAGAACGAACACCCGAACCAGAAUAUGAUUCAGACGUUGAGCUGAUUCCACCGAAGGAAGAGUUCGAUCCCUCAGUGUGGAAAAGUGUUGAUGAUAUAGAACAACAAUUAAAAAAUAGUGAAGAAGAAUCAAAGAAAGCUAAGAAAGAAGCUAAAGAACCUGCAGAAGGUAAACCAUCUUCUAAAGAAGCGUCAAGGCGAGAAUCUGUUCACGAAAUGACAGAGAGAGAACGUGACUUAGAAUGGCAACGUCAACGUCAAUUAAUGCGGCCGCCGCUUAUUAUUUCACAUUUAAAAGCAAGAGCAGCUCCCAAAGGCUCCACAGUGAAACUAACAUGCACUAUAUCUGGACCAGGGAUUACAGUUCGAUGGUUCAAAGAUGGAAAUCCGAUUGAAAAAAGUUCCAAGCAUACCUUCAAAGUUAGUGAAGGUUUACUGAGUUUAGAAAUGGUUAACGUGGACUACAGCGAUGUUGGUGAAUACAGUUGUGUAAUCAAAAAUAAAAAUGGAGAAACAUCAACGUCUACGACAGUGAAAGUAUAUGAAAACUAUGAAUCAAAGCCCAUUCCUCCUACUUUCAUUUCAAUCAAAGAUGAACUCGAUAAACCAGCUGCGGAUUCAGGAUCACUUCAGUCAGUUGAAAAAACAACUACAGAUAAUAUUCCCAAAAAAAUACCAUCAAGCACAGGCACAAAUGAAGCCAGUAAACAAGAUACAGCUGGAGCUGUUUUGCUGGAAGGCGAACAACCUCCCAGUACUGAUGAAAGUGCUCUGCCGGAAUUUCCGAAGUUCGCAGAUAAAUAUAAAAGAGACAAACCGGAGCAAUCACCCCCUCUUCCGCAAUACGGCGACGAUAUGGUGAAAUAUCAUCACAAAAAAAUUUUACAUAACAGAGAUAAGCUGCAAUGGUCUGUGCACCUUACUAACCGCGCCGCUGCAGCAGGACGUGGUAAAUUCAAGCUUAUGUGUGCUGCUAUUGGUUUUCAGCCAGAACUACAAUGGUUCAAGAAUGAUGUACCAAUUGAGUAUGAUGACCAUAUCAUUGAUAUGAACGAUCUGCAUAGAGGUGCUUAUGGAUGUAUUUGGAUUAAUGAUUUGUGUGCCAGUGAUGCUGGAGCUUACAAGUGCGUAGCUUCAAACGGCUUUGAGAAAAUUGAAACGAUUUGUAAGCUGACAGUGGUAGAACCUGGAACUUCAUCACAAGAGUGUGCACCGUGUUUCGUACCGCAUCGUACUAGAGAAAUCUUCGACCAAUACAGCAACAUUUUGACUGUCGAGCAUCUUAUUAGAGCAAACCCACCACCUACUAUAAAAUGGAUCAAAGGAAUGUGGACACUUGGAAUGUGGCCUGAUCCACAUAUUCGAAUCUCUCAACACUUUGAUGAAGUUGCUGAACACACAAUAGCAUCUCUCGUUUUUUACGAUCCAACCUAUAUGGAUUCUGGAGAAUAUGUUUGCGUUGUAACUAAUAGUUUAGGUGAAGCUACUACAACGUAUAACCUGCAAUUCUCAAGCGAACAAGAAUACUUUGAAUGGCUGACAAAAAAACGGCCGUCUGCAAAGUUGAAGCGAGAGCUAGAGCUUGGUAUUAUUGUAGCUGAGGAUGCUGAAACUUUCGAUGUAGAUGAAAUACUUGCUAGAGUUGAUGCGCAAUUUGAUCCUGUAGUACAAGAACCAGCCGAAGGAGAAGAAUCAGAUGAAGAUACAAAUGAAGAAUCAAGCGAAGAUCAAGAGAAAGUAAACAAAACAUCGCUUGAUAAGGCAAAUAUUAAAAAACCAGGAAGUGUAAAACGAAACCAAAAAAGUUCAAAAGUCUCAUCACUUCCGGAAGUAACUGAGGUUCCUGAGCUCGAAGAACAAGCCACUCCUAUUGAAGAACCUAAAAAGACACUGGAACCAAAAAAACCAGAACCUUCCAAGUUUAUUGCACAAAAAGCACCUGAACCGAAGCAAAGUCAAAUGAAAUCGGAUCCGGCAGUGUCCUCGUCUGCUCAUGAAACGGAAGUAUUGUACACCAGGAAAAAGACACAAAUCGAGCUUGGCAUAGAAGAACUGGAACGCAGAAAAAAGUUUGACUUCGUAUCACACAUGCCAAACGUUAGAUUUGGGCUAGGCAAAACUUUUAGACUGUUCUCCUAUGUAAAAUGCCCUGAAGACAUUACGUCAGAAUGGAAACACGACGGACGUAUAUUAAAGGAAGGCCUACGUUGGUCCAACAUAACCACUCGUAAUGGUACUUGUGUGCUAGAAAUCGAGAAGUGUAAAUACAGGGAUGCAGGCGUGUAUACUUGCGUCGCUAAAAGCAAAACUUAUGGAGAAAUAGAACAGUCGUGCACAGUAGCUAUCUUCGAAAAUGAAAUCAAAGGAGAAAAACCAGUGUUCACAAAGGUUAUGAAAGAAACCUACAACCCUAUUAAAGACGAACUUUGUUUGGAAUGUACUGUGCGCGGUGAUCCUGCACCAGAAACAAUAUGGAUUAUCCAUGGCACAUUUAUGCAUAAAAAUACUGGACCGAAAUACUUCUUCAAAAAAUAUGAUGAUGGAAGGCAGCAGUUGACUAUUUUUCAGCCUCAGAAAGAGGACAGUGGUAGAUACGUUUGUCGUGCAAGAAAUAGUUUGGAUAAAGCGGAUAUGGUACACUAUUUGAAUUUUAAAAACAGCGAUGAAGACGUCAUCAAAGUCUUCGAAGAUGAACUACACAAAAAGACUGAGAAACCAAUAAGAAGUAGACAUUUGCGUGCUAAAGAAUGUGUAUACUCGCCAGAAGAUGAGAAUCUUAUAAAAUGGUCUGAAGCAAGAAGUCAACAUGAAAAGGAAUAUGGAUACAACUAUAAGUUACACUUUGUAACGCGACUUCUCGACAAAACGGUUCCGGAAGGGUCAAACCUUAAGUUCACCUGCUAUGUAGAUGGAAAAUAUCCACAAUUUAUGUGGUUCAAGGAUGAUAUGCCAAUAGUACAAGGCCGAAAGUACCGGCAAAAGCAGCGACGUGAUGGAAAGGCGACCUUAGAAGUGAUAAAUGUCAAUUUGGACGACGCCGGCGUUUACAAAAUUGAAGCCAAAAAUUACGCAGGAUCCAUAGAAUCGAAAUCAGUGGUUACCGUUUAUCAAAACCCCUACAUCGAAUUUGUACCUCCAAUCUUUGCAAGUACAAUUCUAGAAACAUAUUCGCUACAUUCGGAUGAAAUUAUUCUGGAGUGUCGUGUGAGAGGCUCUCCCAGACCGAAUAUUGCCUGGAUUAAAGAUGGGGAGUACGUUAUUCCUGGUGAUAAAUACGAACAGUAUGACCAUGCUGACGGUACCUGUAAGCUAAUAAUAACAAAACCAGGUGAAGAGGAUUCUGGCACCUACACUUGUGAAGCAGAAAGCGGAGGAUGCAGUGAUGCCAUCAGCCAUAAUGUACAGUUUGUUGGCAAAGAAAAAAUUAUGCUCGAGCGAACCCACAGCGUUUACCACCGAAAUCCUAAUCUACCGCAUUUCUAUCAAUCUUUAGCAGAUUAUUCUAUUCCAUCCGGUGGUAACAUUUGUUUAGUUGUGGAAGUUCAGGGCAAUUGUGAGGUACAAUGGUUCAAGGACAAAUAUGAGGUCAAGGGAAGACCACCAAAGGUACGGUUUUAUAGCGAUGGUACUGGCGUUUUUGCAUUAUGUAUAACGGCCGCGACGAUGGACGCUUCCGGAAAAUACACUUGCAGAGCAACGAAUGCAUUCGGUAAAGCUGAAUCAUCAUCUAAUGUUGACGUUAUAAAUCCAAACGCAAUCAAGGGAGCCAAACCUCCGAUUUUCCUGGCAAGACCACAGCCGGAGAUCAAGAUUCGACAAGGACAAGAAAUAUCGAUGGCAUUCAAAAUUAUCGGUGACCCAAAACCCAAAAUUCAAUGGAUGAAGGGUACAAAAGAUAUUACAAAUGCUGCACGAACGGUUAAGGAGGUUCAUAACGAUUUCAUUCGAUUUUCUAUUAAAGAAGCAUUGCUUACCGAUGAAGGAGCGUUUUUCAUAGUUGCAAGAAAUCGAUACGGAAUUGACAGAUGCUUCACCAAAGUUAUGGUAAAACAUCCCAAAGGAUACAAAAAAGACACGGAUAUUGAAGAAAGUGUCCCAGAGGUGAAAAAGACUGGCAAAAGCAGAGUAUGAAGCACCCCGUAUGUACCUGCAAUAUAAAAUAUGAGGCAUAUGAAAUUACCAAAAAUGGAUGUAAAUAUAAGGCACAUGGUGGAAAUAUUGACAAAACACUAUUUGGGUAGCGCAUUAAACCUGUAUACUAAACUGAUUAUUAUUUAUGAGAAAAUUCCGAGAACAUCAUGUUCUAGAUUUCCCAACACUCAAAACUUUAUAGUUGCCAUGGCGUACCGUGGAAAGGGUUUAGAAGCAUAUAACCUAUUUUUUCGGAUAAUAUUUCAAGGCAAAGUUGGCACCAUUUGAUUCCUACAUUGUAGGUAUACCAUAUGUAU